AUGGGAUCAUUCCCUACGUUUAUACGUGAAUCAGAGCAUUCUCCGAGAUCAUUGGACUCGGCAUUCCCACCAUUUAACCCUUCUCACAAGUAUAGAGGUGUAUACGAAAGAGCUGGGUUUGAUGUUAACAAAAAGGGUUAUAAACAACAACAUUAUCACCAUGGUGACGACAGAGGAUCAAACAGAUCAAUGACAAGCUCAACCCGCUGGGGACCAAGAAACCAAUCAAAUGAUUCCUUUGGCAACAAGAGUAGUAGUGGUGGUGUAAGCUUUAAAACAGCCACAAAGGAAAGUCUUCCGUUGGUUAAUCAAUUGCCAGAUACAAGAGUAAACUCAAACGGAUCAUCUUCUGGAUCGAGUAAAUCCAACUCAAUGAACUCAUCAUAUGGCGGUCAGAUGAGCGGCUCUGCUUCAACCAGUCAUAGAACUUCGCCUGAAUAUUCUCAAUAUCAUGAACAAUCACAACAAAACACUUCAAUAUCUACCGCAUAUCCUGAACAAAAUCAACCAUACGGGAGAAAGUACUCGUCUGCUUCAAAUGGCAGUCGUGAUCUGUCUGGACAAACAGUAAGGACUGUUCGAUACGACGAUGAAGCCGAAAACCAUACUUUGAGUAACACAAGUCCAAAUAAACUACAAAAGAAUGUAAAGAACCUAACGCUCGACUUGAAUCAUAACAAUAGCUAUGACAAUACUGGAGAGCAAGAGUCAACCCAUACUCAACAAUUUGCAUCCCACAACCACCCGAAUUCUUCUAUGCAUUCAUUCCAUUCAAAGCACUCCAUUUCUUCGCAUCACUCAAACAAAUCUGAAGUUGUGUCUCAUCAUUCAGAUCGCUCAAUUGGAUCACAUCAUUCAAACCAGUCGUCGCAUCACUCAAAUAGAUCAAAUGGGUCCAACAACAAUAAUGUCCAUCAAGAAGUAAUUCAUGAAGUGCCCGAAUCCAUGGGCUCCAAUGGGGAGAAUGGACCCACCUACACUUCCCGGUCUAAAGAGGACAAAUACGCCCAACAUGGAUAUCAAAUCCCUACACCAAUGUCAGCAAGCAGUUACAGUCAUGUCCCUCCACCACAGCCGUACCCGCAACAACAACAUCAUCAACCACUGCAACCAUUUGAUCCGAGAAAGACAAGAAAGCGUCCACCCAUGAUGAUGAAUGGACCACCCAAUGGCUCGCUUGGACCACCAUAUCCUCCUCAAGCGAAUAGAAAUGUGGUUCCACCUUCUAAUCAAGCUGUCCCGUAUCCGAUCAGUCCAAACUAUUCACCUAAAUUGCAACAACAAUCUUUCGCAAACCAAAUGGGCGGGGUGCCUCCCAUGUCAGGUCCAGGAAGGGUCACUUCUCCAACUCAGUAUCACCCACAGGGAGGAGCACCACCAUCACCACAAAUGAUGCAAAAAGCAACUUCGCCAACUGGCAUGUAUCAUCCAGGUAUGCCGAAUCCAGGUAUGCCAAGAUCAAUGACUGGUAUACCGACUCCAAUAAAUCAACCACAUAUGCCUGGUCCGGGUAUGCCUCGAUCCAUGACUGGCAUUCCUCCAGGACCUCCAACUUGGCAAAUGAAUAGUCAACCACAUCCACAAUCGCCUGGAUAUCCACCUCGCCUGCAGAGGAGACCUGUGCCCCCUUCAAUGGUUAGUCCAACACAGCAGCACCACCACCACCAACAACAACCAUAUUCACAACCACAACGUCCAAUGCAUCCCCAACAAAUGGCACAGCCCCCAAGAAACCCACAUCAGAUGGCGCCACCUAACCAACGCUAUCAAACCGGUGUUCCUAGACAGCCUACCUACUCCCAAAUUAGAGAUGAUAAAUUGUCUCCUGCUUUGAACGAGUUUAAGCAAGAUUUGGAAAGUCGUCAAACUUCAUCACCUCCCCUGACUGGGGCAACUCAAUUGGAAAAUGUGUCGCCAGAUUUGCAUUCUGCCAAGCACGAAAAUUCCCUCAAUGGACGUCUCAUGCAGGACAACAAAGAGAAUACUCCAUAUACCAUUAAGGGCCAGCAAAGUGAGUAUCAACAGUUCCUAUCAACCGAGCCUGUGAAUACAUCUGAUGAUUAUAAACGUGGAUCUACUGUGAGUUCAAUUCUAUCAAAAGAGUCAAUUGAUGAAGAGGAGAGACGCAUUGAGCAAGAAUUGGAAACACAAUUGCAAAACUUGAAAAACGGUGGUGAGGCUGAACAUUAUGAAGGAGAAGAAAGAAGCGUAUUUGAAAAAACCUCGCCUCAGAAAUCUAUUUCAGGCCAAUCAACUGUAUCAACUACACGCCCUCCAAUUCCACAAUUUAGUGUACAGGAUGUCGACGAAGAGAAAAAGGCUAGAGAUAGCUCAGGUUCUAACAACACUAAAGAUAGCAAUUGUGAUGAUAUGUCAAUCGCUUCAAUUGAAUCGAUACAACCAUUGUCAGUGGCCCAUUCAAACAUUUCCCCUACUAAAAGGGAUGUAAAACAAAUGAAUGGUGAUGUCAAUAAUCCAUACAGCGUUCCGGAAAGGAAAGAUUCCGCUGAAUUCACUAAAAUCAUUGCUGAAUUGGAUCAAUUUGAAGAUGAAAUGCCGAAGUCAACCCCCGACGUUUCUGAAACCGCUAUGGAUAAUAACUUUGGCACACUUAAUGGUCCAAGCAAUACCACUGUUCCUGAUGCAACUCCCAAAGUAAACCAUUAUGCACCCGGCACGGGACCAUGUCGGUCAUGCAAUCAACUCAUUGAUCCAUUCGCCAAAGGAUCACUCAAAUCCAUUUUUUCCAAAGCCGGUGACUUAUCAGGCCAGUGGCAUCGCGCAUGCUUCAAAUGUUCUUAUCAAUCAUGUACCAUCCAUUUCAACAAACAAGUCCAAUGUUAUGUCUUGGACGACGAGCCAUACUGUUUCCAGCAUUAUCAUUUACUCAAUGCCACAACUUGUAAAUCAUGUGGUGUUGGAAUUGAAGGAUCAUGUAUUGAGAAUGAUUUGGACGAAAAAUGGCAUGUACAUUGUUUGAAAUGUAGUUGUUGUUUUGGACAGAUUCAAGAUGAUUAUUAUGUCGUGAAUGAUGCAAUCAUGUGCGAGGUUGAUGCCAAGCGGUAUUUGCACAAUGGUGGCGGUGGUGGUGGUGCAAACUCCGGUGGUGAUAAAGUUGAAAAGAGAAGAACGAGAAUGUAUUAUGCUUGA